AUGAAUGUUUUAGCACAAUACCAAUUACAAAAUAACAACAAUGAAAAUAAUAUAGAAAUCAAUAUCCCAGAGCUUCAAGAAACUCUUGCAGAGUUAAUGGGAGAAUUAACCAAAAAUGAUGAAAUCCAAAUGGUUCAAAAUUGGAGUCAAAAUCUUUCAGAUAUUUCAAAUUUAGCAAAGGUUAUAUUAAAAAAUUAUUGUGAUGAAAAUGGAAACGCUCAUAUAAUUCAUACAAAAGAAACCUAUAAACAAAUUAUAGAUUUUAAAACUAAAUUUCAAACUUUAUCAUAUAUGUUCACUCAAUACUCAAAUCAAACUCAUAAUGUAAUUCAAUGGAAUAAGAGAGGAAAUGCCACCAUUGAAAGAGCCGAUGAAGUAUUCAAUAGAGUUAUUGUCUCAUUAGCUGAAGAAGUUACAUCCGCUUUAGCCUUUUUAUUAACUUUAGAAUCAAUGUGCACUGCCAAUCUAAAUUAA